AUGUCUUUCUCUGCUCCCCCCACUCAGCCCUCCUCCUCCUCCCCCUUCCUCCCCUCCCCCUCCCGCGCACUCUCCCCUGUUCUCAUCCCGCCCCUCUCCUCCACAGACAGAGCGCUGACAUCCCCUCCUCUCCCCAUCUCCUUCCGCCACCCUCUCCACCCAUCGCCACCCAAACCCAUCCCCAUCCCCGGCUCGAACGAUACCUCCCCCGUCCGCUCUCGCCCAACUCGCAUACCCUCCAUCUUUCGUCGCCCCUCGUUGUCCACCACAAUCGAUCUUCUCGCCCGCUUUCCUCUCACCCGCCAUCGCCAAUCAUCAGAAAUCCUCCGCCACGGCAAGCACGCCCAAACGGCGUCUCCUGGUGCCCAGCCCACCGAGGGUAAAUCUAGCCGGUCAGCCAAGUCUUCCCAGGUUCCCACGCAACAACCCAUUUCACAGCAAAAAUCCCGCCACAAUGAUGACGCACAGCGAUUAGCGGCUCAUCACGCGCAAACAGCACAACAACAACAACAGCAGCAGCAGCAGCAGCAGUCCAGGGUUCCCGCCGCCUCUCCUAACUAUCGAGAAGAAGCUGAAAGGAUUGUUGCCGAUGAGCGUGCUCAGAAUGACAAAAUGCCCCAGUACCCAGGACUCGAAGAGUAUCGUCUGGUAGAAAAGAUGGGCGACGGCGCCUUUUCCAACGUCUACAAGGCCGUCGACCGCAAGUCUGGUAUCAAGGUCGCUGUCAAGGUCGUUCGCAAGUACGAACUAAAUCAAUCUCAGCACGGCAACAAGCAUUUGAACGCCAAAUUUCAGAAACGACCAAGAGUCACCGAGCGUGCCAACAUCUUGAAAGAAGUACAGAUCAUGCGCGGAAUCGACCACCCUGGCGUCGUCAGGCUGCUCAAGUUUUUCGAGAGCGAUGAACACUACUUUUUGGUUCUCGAGCUCAUGGAGGGCGGUGAACUGUUCCACCAAAUUGUCAAGCUCACAUACUUUUCCGAAGCUCUGUCGCGACACGUCAUUGUGCAGGUCGCCGAGGCUAUCCGUUACCUGCAUGAGGAACGCGGUGUUGUACACCGUGAUAUCAAGCCCGAAAAUCUCCUGUUUGAACGUAUCCCAAUUAUUCCCUCCAAGAACCCGAUACAUCGCCCCUAUGAUGAGGAGAAGGAGGACGAGGGCGAGUUCCAACUCGGCAUUGGCGGUGGUGAAAUCGGCCGCGUCAAGAUUGCCGACUUUGGACUGUCCAAGAUUGUGUGGGAUGAGCAGACAAUGACGCCGUGCGGUACCGUGGGAUACACUGCUCCAGAGAUCGUCAAGGACGAGAGAUACAGCAAGAGUGUCGAUAUGUGGGCUUUGGGAUGUGUCCUCUAUACGCUGUUAUGUGGUUUCCCUCCGUUCUACGAUGAGAGCAUCAAUGUCCUUACCGAAAAGGUCGCCCGAGGCUACUACACCUUCCUGAGUCCUUGGUGGGAUGACAUUUCACAUUCUGCCAAGGAUCUCAUCAGCCACCUGCUUUGCGUCGACCCUGCUCAGCGAUACACCAUCGACGAGUUCCUUGCCCAUCCCUGGAUCAAGGAGGCUCAACCUCCCCCUCCCCCCUCUACCCGUCUCAACGUACCGUCCAAUGCGCCCAUGGACUCUCCCCUUCUCGCUUCUAUGCGUGCUGGCAACCGCGAGGGCCGAUCUCCAGGAGUUGGCGCUCUCAAAGAAGCCUUCGAUAUCACCUACGCUGUCCAUCGUAUGGAGGAAGAAGGUGCCCGACGCCGUGCGUACAAUGGCCCUGGCGGCGCUGGUACGCGUGGGUUCUUACAUGGGCUCAAUGAGGAAGAGGAGGAAGGUGAUGAAGCUGUGCAGGUUGAGGAGGCACGUAGAAAGCAUGGUGAGGUCGUUGCGCGACAGAUCCAAGAACAUCGAGGUCGGGCUGCUGCCAAUGCCGCUAGCGGCGUCAAGGAGCAGCCUGCUCCUGCUCAGCAGUACGUCGGCCGAGGUGGGGCCAACAGGCGAGAGGCUGAGGCUGCGCUCUACGAUGGCCGAGCGGGGCAGAGAGAUAGGGCUGAGGGCAAGUCGCAGGGUGGCGGCGGGUUCGAGCUUGAUCUCGGGAACGCGACGCUACUCGGUAGAAGGGGCAAGAAAGUUGCACCCAGUCCUCUGGCGCAAAUGAACCAAUAA